AAUGGAUUCAGGUCAUACCUCACUUGUAGCGCAGCCACCACUGCCUCUGCCUAAAUCUGAACAAUCUCAGUUUGGUCAGACUAGCAGUAGCAGUAAUUCGGCCUCUGGAGGGGUCCAGAAGGUCAGUAUGUUGAUUAACCCGAGGUCAUGGCUUGUGCUCAACUUUUUGAGUGUAGAAUCUAUCAGCCCAAGUCUGCAGAAUGUCCUGAUGUCUCUCAAGUGAGCCAAGAUCUAUUAUUUUCAAAAUAAGAUAAUGGGAGACUAUCCUCCUUUUAUAAAAGAAAGUUUGGUGGCAGAGGAUGAAUUAGAUUUUUGAUAUUUACUUUCUACAAUUAAUCCUGAUUUGUGUCAACAGAAAAUAUCUGAUAGUACUCCUAAAAUUGAAAGUUUGUCAGGAGAUUUCCUAGAAACAUCAAAAGUUCAAGAAGAAGCUAAAUAUGAAUCGAAAAUUAUAAAGCAGCUGUAUAAAUAUUCCAAAAACGUGUUUGUUCAUGAUGAAGGUAAUGAUUAUGCUAACAUCUUUAGAAAUCGAAAUCAAAGCUGAUAUCGACGAAUACGUAAAUAAAGCUGGAUUUAAGAUUUACCCAAAGCAGAGGUUCUUAAGAAGAGCUUAUGAAUCUAUUGGAUUGAAUCAAUCCAAAAUUUUACCUGAGCUCGGAAAAGAGAAAGAAGAUGAUAAAGAAAAAUGAAGCGCUCACAUUAUGAUUAUUAACGAUAUGGUCUAUGACCAUUAUUUUAAGGAACUCUUUUGUCUUAUGAAGAAACAAAUCAUGGAGAGCUUAGGAGAUAAAGAAGAAAGUUUCGAUAUUAAUAUCCUGAUCACCACUAUAAAGGACUUUGCUGGGAAAGUAGUUGGGCAUAAUAAGGAGAAGAUUAAUGACUGUAUUUCACAAGAGAAGAAAGACCAUUUUAUCACAGCUUUCUUGCUCUGGUCCAUCAAGAAGCCUAAAGAUUUCUAUGCCUUGCCUAACUCUUCGCCAAAUUUGGGAAAUGGAUGGUUAGAGGGAAAAGCACUAAACCUACUGAAUAUGGAUCUGGAUGACUCUACCUUAAUGAGCAUCCAUCAUAUAGAUAUUGAUAAGGGGAAACUGAGCCUAGUCAUAGAGAGCUUGGAGACAAUGAUGAAGGAGUUUAGGAACUAAAAAGCUCAAUA